UCAAUUAUUUCUCCGGGAAGACGGCAACCCUGCUUUAAAUCCAUUGCCUAAGGGUGGAUUUUCCAGACAGCCUAGCUACUCCCUGAUCACGCCCAACGUCCUGCGGGUGGAGAGUGAAGAGAAGGUCGUGGUGGAAGCCCAUGGCCUCAAUGCCCCAAUUGCAGUUACAGUCACCGUACUGGACUUCCUGCUUAAGCAACACAUCUUAUACCAGGUCCAAACCAACCUCAACCCUGCGAAUGGGAUGAUGGGCACAGCCGUAAUAAAGAUUCCCACCAAAAACAUAACAAAAGAUUCCAAACAAAACCAGUAUGUUGUGGUCCAGGCUAAGUUCCCUCAGCAAACCCUGGAGAAAGUGGUUCUGGUCCAUUUCCACAGUGGAUACAUCUUUAUCCAGACGGAUAAAACCAUCUAUACACCCGGGUCUACAGUCCUCUACCGGAUCUUCACCGUGGGUCACAAACUGGAACCGGUGUCUAAGGGAGUGAUUGUGGAGUUUGAGACCCCUGAGUCCAUUAUUGUCAAGCAGAUUCCCAUCUCUGCCCACUUUAAAUCAGGCAUUUCCUCCCUGAGCCACAACUUGCCGGAGAUUAUCAGUCUGGGAACCUGGAAGAUCACGGCCAGGUAUGAAGACUCCCCUCAGCAGACCUUCAGUGCGCAAUUUGAUGUUAGGGAGGACGUGUUGCCGAGUUUCGAAGUCAUAUUGGAACCGUCUGAGAAGUUUUUAUACAUCGAUGGCAAUGAAGACUUCAGGGUUUCUAUCACUGCGAGGUACCUAUAUGGGAAAAAACUAGAUGGCAAUGCCUUUGUCCUCUUUGGGGUGAAGAUGGAUGAUGAGAAGAGGAGUAUCCCGCAGUCUCUCAAGAGAAUCUCGAUAGAAGAUGGAGAAGGGAAAGCAACGCUGACCAGAGCGAUGCUGCGGGCUCGGUUCGCUAACCUGAACGAACUGGUUGGCCACUCGCUCUACAUCUCUGUCACCGUUUUGACAGAAUCUGCUGCAGAGGACACCCUCAUGCCUCCACCUCCACAAAACGUGGACGACUUUAAGCAAUUCCAGGAACUUUUCAAGAGGGUGACACUCAGCCAGGGCAUUCCUUUGGAGGAAGGAGGGUACAAGGGUGCUGAGCCUGAUGUCUCUUUAACAGCUUUUGUGCUGAUUGCAUUGGAAGAGGCCAAGGACAUCUGCAAGGAUCAAGUCAACAGUUUGGAAGGCAGCAUCAGCAAAGCCGCUGACUACUUAGUCCAAAGGUACCAGUCUCUAACCAGACCUUACACUGUGGCUCUUGCAUCCUAUGCCUUAGCGAUGGUGGGGACACUGAACACCGAGAAGGCGCUCAUGAGAGCUUCGACAGAGGGAAAUCGCUGGGAAGAGCCAAACGCCCGCAACUUCAGCAUUGAAGGCACCUCGUAUGCCUUGCUGGCCUUGCUGAAAAUGAAGAAGUAUGAGUUGACUGGUCCCAUAGUCAGAUGGCUGAGAGAGCAGAACUACUACGGAGGGGGAUAUGGAUCUACCCAAGCGACCAUCAUGGUGUUCCAGGCUCUUGCGCAGUACCAGCUGGACAUUCCGCAACACAAAGACCUGAAUUUGGACGUUUCUAUUUUCCUGUCACACCAUGCUAGUCUGAGAAAGUACAGAAUCUCAAAUCAGAAUGCUCUAGUGGCCAGAACAGCAGAGGUGCCAGAUAUCCUGGUUAUAAUAUAUAGCCACAUGCCCUCUAUCCAGGAGGGCAGCUUGAGGCAGUUCCUGGUGGAGGCGGUGUCCAUUUUAGCUCACCGUGACCUAGAGACAGUGAUCUCCAGCCUCCUCGGCGAACCUCUGCCGAUGAACAGUGACAUCGCUGAGCUGUGGAGAUCUCUGGGGGGAGACCCCUUGCUUGCCACUCAAGUGCUAAAGAUCCUUAUAGACAAGAUAAAGACUCCAACAAGACAAGAAGGCCGCAUCACCUCAGAGACUGAAAUCGACAGGGAUUUGGCAGCUGCUGAACCUCUCUUAGCAACAUGUGCCAUCUCUGAGGUGGUGUCAGCACUGCAGUCAAGCAAAGCUGUGCAGGAGCUGCUCCCAGAGUUGUUUCCUGUUCUCCUGCAGCAG